AUGUCGUCCUCAUCCUCCUCCUCAUCCUACAUGCACGCGGCCGUCGCCUUCAGCAAGGUGGCCGGCACGCUCUCGCUGCAGACGGACCAAGUAGUCAGAUGGGUGCCCUCCUCCUCGUCAUCGUCGGUCAGCGCCUUCUCGAUCAACUUUGGCGACAUCGCGGGCCUCCAAACGUCCAAAGAGGGUGCGGCACAGAUCGCACUCAUGCUCGUGCUCGCCAACGGCGUGCAGGUCGCAUCCAAACCCAAGGUGCUGCUCGUAUUCAAUGCUGCGCAGCAGACGGCACUCGACGACCGCGAAAAGUUCAAGACCGAACUAGCGGCGGCUGUGAGUCGGAAUCGAGCCAGUGCAGAUGCUGGUUCGGCUGCACCUUCGACGCCUGCGAGCCCGGCUGCGGCGCCGUCAUCGCCGUCGAGCGCAACCCGCGCUGCCACACCGGACACGCGCGCUGCGACGCCUACACAGACGCGGCCCACCUCGACCGCCGCAUCGACCGCCGCGUCGCCUGCGCCCUCCAAACGGCCGCGGCCAAAGGACCUGCCGCCGCGCAAGACGGACAUCGAGCUGCGCAUCAGCGUGAUCAAGUCGAAUCCGCAGCUGCGCGCGCUGCACAAGGACAUUGUCAUCAGCGGCCAGAUGUCCGAUGCCGAGUUCUGGUCGCAUCCGCAGCGCCAGCGUCUCAUCCGCGCCGAGCGCGCCAAGCUCGAACAACGCGCCGGGCGCAACGCCCGUCUUGCCGACCCGAAACCCACCCCCAACGAGGCGGGCGAGAUGAAGCUCAGCAUCACGCCCGAACUCAUCCGCGACUUGUUUGAGCAGUUCCCCGUGGUGGCGCGCGCGUACGACGAGAAUGUGCCCGCAAAGCUCGACGAGGGCUCCUUCUGGACACGCUACUUCCAGUCCAAGCUGUACCAUCGCCUGAGGACGAGUGCACGAUCCGCGGCUUCCGAACACAUUGUGCAGGACGAUGCGAUCUUUGACGCGUACUUGACCGAGGAGGAUAACCAGCUCGAGCCGCGGCGCAUGUUCAAUCCGCACGAUCGGCUGCUCGAUCUGCAGGCGACCGAGGAGGACCAUGGCGAGACGGGCAAUGAGAAGGACUGGACCAUGCGCGCCGGUGCCGAGCGCCGCACGCUGCCACUCAUGCGCAGGUUCAACGACCAUUCGCAGAGCCUGCUCGAUUCGGCACUGGGCGAUCAGGAGGAGGAACAGCGCAAGCGCAGACGCAUCGUGGGUGGCGUGGGCGAAGAGUACUCCGAUCGACCCCCAGGGGAGGGUGAGGGUGAGGAGGACGAGGCGGGGGAUUCGGUCGACUGGAUCAAGAAUCACUACUACAAGGAGAUUGUCAUUGACGAACUCAACGAAACGCGCCGCGACGACACUGUGCGUCUCAACAUGGCCGGUCUCGAAGGCUAUCUGAGCAACCCACGCGAUUCCGCCGACUCGACCUCUCCCACCAAAUCCACCACCGGAUCGUUCGAAGUCGUCCCCGACACGGUCUCCGAGUACGUAGGGCUUGUGGAGAGGUUCAACGCCGAGGUUCAGUCGGCCAGUAUCGGGCUGGGGUCGUUCAAAACCAGCGCGGGGGGGACGGAGAAAGCCAUGUCGCGCAUGGUGGCCAACCUGCGUUCGCGCUCUCUCAACCCCCGAGCAGCCUCGGACCUCAAAACCCUCCCCGAGGCCGUGCAAAAGUCGCUCGUAAGCCUCCAGGCCUCGACGACCGAAUUCCUGCGCCAGUUUUGGAACGCCAUCGCUCCCGGUCCCGACGACAACGACGCUUGGUCCGCCCACCCAACCCAACCGGAUCAAGAGGCACGACUAGAAGCGCGCACCGCAGUCGCAGUGAAAAUGGCCGCCAACCUCAAAAAGUUCGCAGCUAGGAUCGAUGACAUGCUCGCAACUUCCACUACGGGCAUCAACGACCAGGUCGACGCCAAGGUCGAGGCCCUCCUCGCUCCCACCCAGCGUGCAGUCGACCGGGCUCUGUCAAUCGCCCGUGCGCGCGCGUUCAUCACCUAG